AUGGGUUCGAUUCGACCGGAUCUGAGAGGAAGAAUCUUCCCGGAGCCCAUCGACCACUUCGACCGGCUGCCGGACUCCGUCAUCCUCCUGAUCUUCAACCGGAUCGGCGAUGUCAAGGCCCUCGGCCGCUGCUGCGUUGUUUCCAGGCGAUUCCACGAUCUCGUUCCCCAGGUCGACAACGUUGUAGUCCGCGUGGACUGUGUCAUCUCCGACGACGACCCAUCGGCGACCUCCUCGUCCGCCGCCGCCUCCGGCGGCUCCGACAGGUCGCGCCACCCGAUCUCCUCCCUUUUCCGCGUCCUUUUCUCCGGACUCCUCAAGCCCUUGCAGUCCCUGUCUCAGCUUAUCACCCAUCCGUCCCGUCGCCUGACUCUGCCCGACGAUUUCGACGGUAACACAGAGCCGAGCAUCGUCACUCACCAUUCACCUACGCAGGUAUUGAAGAAUUUCAAAGAGAUCAAGCUUCUCAGAAUAGAGCUUCCCAGCGGGGAAUUAGGGAUCGAUGAUGGUGUUCUGCUAAAGUGGAAGGCUAAUUUUGGUUCAACUCUUGAUAGCUGCAUUAUUCUUGGAGCUUCAAGUGUCAUUCAGAACAUGGGUAGUGCUGUUGAAUGUAUGACUAGUUGUAAUAACAAUGAUUGUGUUAACAACAGCAACAACAACAGCGCUAAUAGUGGGGUGGAUGAAGAUAACGGGAGCAUACCCGAGUCAUUUUACACCAACGGAGGGUUGAAAUUGAGAGUUGUAUGGACUAUAAGCUCCUUAAUAGCUGCCUCAGCCAGACAUUAUCUGCUGCAGCCUAUUAUAGCUGAGCACAAGACGUUGGAGAAUUUGGUAUUGACAGAUACGGAUGGGCAGGGGGUUUUGUCUAUGAAUAAAGAGCAAUUGGAGGAGCUGAGGGUGAAACCCUUGUCGGCAUCUUCAGCAUCGAAGAGGACUCUGGUGCCGGCUUUGAAUAUGCGAUUGUGGUAUGCGUCCCAUCUCGAGUUGCCAAAUGGUGUGAUAUUAAAGGGAGCGACUUUAGUUGCGAUUAGGCCCAGCGAGCAGCCCAAGAAGGAUGUGAUGGGAUCGGAGGGGGAUUGGGUUUCGUCGGCCUUUGAGGAGCCGUUUGGGACUGCUGCAAGGAUGUUGGUGAAGAGAAGGACUUAUUGCCUGGAAAUGAACUCCUUUUGA